GGUCUCUGAAACUUAUUUUAAUUUUUUUCUUUUUUCUUUUUCCUUUUUUAAAAAAGAAAAAAAAAAUAGUAUUGUCGUCUUCCCCUUUAAUUAUAAUGAAUGAAAGUUUAUUAUCAGUAAAAAAUGCAUCAGUCCAUCUUCGAAUGAGCAACAACAACAACAAGAUACGUCUCAACAGCAAUCUAAAAGAAAAUAUCACUGUACUGAGCCUGGAUGUAAUAAAAGCUUUACAACCAGUGGCCAUCUUGCUAGACAUAACAGGAUUCAUACAGGUGAAAAGAACUUUCCCUGCUUAUUUCCCGGUUGCCAAUCUAGAUUUUCACGCCAAGAUAACAUGAUGCAGCAUUACAGAACUCAUAUGUCACCAAAAUCGAGAAGAUCACAAAAGAGGGGAAUCGUAGAGGAAGCAAGACCAAGACCACGUCUUCAUGCUCAUCAUCGUAUCCGUUCUGAUCCCGUUAGAGUAGAGCCUCCACUAACAAUUGAUCAGCAUCUUUCUAAUUAUCAUCAAUCGUUAAGAACAAAUACCAAUACAACAAAUGAAAAAUACACAUCAGUUCGAUUUAAUUUCCCUUUACCAUUAACUCCAGCUGUAAAAUCUCCUUCUCCUUUAAAAAAGUCAGUUCCUAUUCAUCAAAAAGAAAAUGAAAAGUCUCCUUCACCCUCUACCACUUCUUUACCUUCUAUUCACCAUAUUAUGGAUGAUACCAAAGUGAAUAAUAAUAAUACCUAUACUCAACAUCAUUCUAAACCUGAUACUACUCUUUUACCCACUACCACCACCACAAAUACUACUACUACUACUACUACUACUACUACUACUAUUACUGAAAAACCAUCUAUAAACUCUUCUCUGUUUUAUCAACAUCGUCCUUUAACAUUCGCAAGACCGCACAAUCCAAGUUUCCCAUAUACAUUACUUCAUCCAGCUAAACAUGAGGAAGAAUUAGCUGACGUCACACAAACUCAUCAUAAUAAGAAGAAUGAGAACCAUAAACGACCUACAAAGUCCGAUGAUAAAGAUGAAGAUAAUAGUAAUAGUAGUAGUAGUAAAAAGACCAAUAACUCUUCUUCGAGUGGCUUACUUCAAUUAGCGCAUAUUGUUUCCACAUUUGGUUAAAAAGGGAAAAAAAAAAAGAACAAUACGUGUAUACAUAUAAUAUUUAUUUAUAUUAUAAAUGAAUAUACACAUAUAUAUUUAUAUUUAUAUAUAUCAUUAUUUUGUACAUAAAUAUAUUUAUACAUAUUUAUAUAUAAAUAUAAAAAAGAAAAAAAAA